CACAACAUAGCAGAUCAGCCCCAAGCUGCAGCACAGCCAAAGCAAAAAACAGCCCAGCACAGAACAGGCAAAACAGCUCAAGCAGCUGCACAACCAAGGCAAUACAGCCCAACAGAACUCAACAGGACAGCCCCAAGCACUAGCAAUCACAACCAGCAAGCAACGACCAGCAGUCACAACCAGCAAGCAACAACCCCAAACAGCAAAAAUGCCAGAAAAAAGGGUACCCGAUAA